AUGCAGAGAUCGAUGUACCUUCUCGUUAGCAUGGAGUCAAUAGAUAGGGGCGAAGGCAACCCAAGCAACCAGCUUAUCAAAAGGAACCCCCCUCCUCAGCGUGUGCGACGAGUAAAUUUUAGACAUAAUGUGUUAUGCGUCUUGCUGCUUGAAGAGUUAGUACGGAUUCCCCUCAAUAAAUAUAUAUAUCGUAAUAUUUUUCCCCUUCUUCUAUCUUUUCUGUCAUCCCCACUGGUGUCCGUCUUUUGCCGUAUAACCAUAUGCAAACCCAACCCACUGAAAAAGCUUUGUAGUAAACAAAUGAGGCGAUAUUCUUUAUUAAUUUCCUUACGUUCUCUUUUCGUCAUUGUCGUUUUCUUCUUAUGGGGUAGGACCCUCAUUUAUUGA